CCCAAAAAUGUUGGCAACUCACGCGCAACCCGCUUUGAUAAACUCGCUCCUCCUCCUCCGCAUUCCCUUUCUCUCUCUUCCCUCACUCCCACUCAUUCGCGUCACCAAUCUCCGCUGCUUCAACUCUCGGCUUACCUCGGCGCGUAGAUUCACUGCCAUGUCUCUUCCUACCUCCACCGCCGCCGACUCGCCGAGAGACCACGCCGCCGGGGACUGGUUUUCCGUCCCGGAGCUCCGCCUCCGCGACCACCGCUUCUUGGUGCCUCUCGACUACUCCGCCGGUCCCAACGCUUCGCCUAAGAUUUCAGUCUUCGCUCGCGAAGUUGUUUCAGUUGGCAAAGAAGAGCAACCACUACCAUACCUAUUAUUUCUUCAAGGAGGACCUGGAUUUGAAAGCCCGCGACCAACUGAAGCCAGUGGUUGGGUGCAUAAAGCCUGUGAAGAAUAUCGUGUCAUAUUACUGGAUCAGCGAGGAACAGGUUUAUCUACUCCUUUGACACCUUCAUCAAUGUUGCAACUGAAGUCUGAUGUGAAGUUGGCUGAUUACUUACAGCAUUUUCGAGCCAAUAAUAUAGUAAAUGAUGCUGAAUUUAUUCGAGUACGUUUAGUUCCUGAUGAAGGACGCUGGACAAUUUUGGGUCAGAGCUAUGGUGGUUUUUGUGCAGUAACCUAUUUGAGUUUUGCACCGGAAGGACUAAAACAAGUCCUUUUGACUGGAGGUAUCCCUCCAAUAGGAAAUGGAUGCACUGCAGAUAUUGUGUACAGAGCAUGCUUUGAACAGAUUAUACAUCAAAAUAACAAGUACUACAAAAGGUAUCCUCAAGAUACUGAGAUUGUUCGUGAAGUUGUUAAGUUUUUAUCAGAAUCUGAGGGAGGCGGGGUGCCUCUUCCAUCUGGGGGCAUACUAACCCCAAAGGGAUUGCAAACACUUGGUCUUUCUGGCUUAGGAUCCAGUACUGGUUUUGAGCGCUUACACUACAUGUUUGAGAGGGUCUGGGAUCCUGUAUUAGUUCCAGGAGCACCUAAGCAAAUCAGUUAUUACUUCUUGGAUGCUUUCGAGAAAUGGUCAUCUUUUGAUACAAAUCCACUUUAUGCUCUAAUGCACGAGUCCAUAUAUUGUCAGGGUGCCCCAUCACAAUGGUCUGCUCACAAAGUAAGGGCUGAAGAUGAGGGCAAUUUUGAUGCAGUCCGAGCUGCAAGAGAAGGUCGUCCUGUAUAUUUUACAGGGGAGAUGAUCUUCCCAUGGAUGUUUGAUGAGAUUCAUGCUCUAAGAAAAUUCAAAGGUGCUGCUAAUUUGCUGGCUGAGAAAAAAGAUUGGCCUCCAUUAUACGACAUCACUGUACUAAAUAAGAACAAGGUGCCUGUUGCAGCUGCUGUUUAUUAUGAAGAUAUGUAUGUUAACUUCAAGCUAGUCAUGGAUACAGCUUCACAGAUAGCAGGGAUCCGGUUGUGGAUAACUAACGAAUAUAUGCAUUCAGGUCUGCGAGAUUCAGGGACUCAAGUUUUUGAUCAUUUGAUGGGAAUGUUAGAUGGAAAAAGGCCUUUGUUUUGAAUUCCGUUGCAGUUUGUGCACUAGUUGUUCUGGAUUUGGUUUUACAUUCCUUAGUUUUAGACUUUAGUUUGCCCGGUUGUGACUGUACUCUUUGCUGCGAUAUGUUUCUCACAGUUCGCGUUCAGGCUUUUUUAUUGCGUUACACACUUUUUUCAUUAAAAACUGUCAACUACUGUGUGAUCGUCCUUCCCCUUUGCCGUUUCUUGUUAAAUUUAGGAAUACCUACUUUAUCUGUAUCACUAUUGUUCUUAAGAUGGAAUAAUUCCUUCAUGCUUGCAAUAUUAUUCUC